AUGUUUCAGCUUGCAGUGGAUCGGCCCGCUACGGCAGCGCAUGUUCCUGCCUGGGCUACACUGCUGCUCCAAACUCCACCUGUCUUAGCCCAGCUAAAGCCAAAUCGAUUGUCAACAACCUUCGCUUCGCUCUUGACCGCUCCUCAAGCACCAGAUUUUGCGUCCAAGGCCAAUGCUCUACUCGCGGACUUGUUCAAGGACACUAGUGGCUCCAUCAAUUUCCUGGCCCGACAAAAUAUCAGCGCCGUGACAUUCCCAAACAAGGCAGCAUUUAUUGCCGGGCAGGGGGCACAGCCGCCGAUCCCGACUGUGACUACACUCGACAUCUUCUACACUUGCAACAAGAUUGCAUGGCGUUGGGUCGGUCGUGGCAUUGGAUCCGGUCAAUAUGAGGUCAAAGGUAUUGAUACCUUCACGGUCACUUCUUCCGGCCAGAUCAGUGAGGUGUAUGCGGAAUUCAACAGUGGCGCUUGGCUGGCUGAUAUUGGAUAUCCCGAAUGCCCUCAACCCACGUCGUGA